GGCAAGAGGAAAAAAGCUCCCCCCAAGAAGAGCCCUUUAAAUGGAGUGAGCCAGGAGGGAAAGCAGGUCCAGAGAAACGCUGCCAACGCCAGGGAGAGGGCCAGGAUGAGGGUCCUUAGCAAAGCCUUCUCCAGGCUUAAGACCACCCUGCCCUGGGUGCCCCCAGACACCAAGCUUUCCAAACUGGACACCUUGAGGUUGGCCUCCAGCUACAUCGCUCACCUGAGGCAGAUCCUGGCCAAUGACAAAUACGAAAACGGCUACAUCCACCCGGUCAACCUGGUAAGUCACGGCCCGCCGGGGCCAGGCACUCCGG